UGGCGGCUGGCUGCGGGCGGGGACGUCUGUGUGCUGGCUGGACGCGAGAUUGCAGUCCCCCCUCCGGGCCGCUUCCGGGCCGGCGGAAACCGGGAGCCUUUGCUUUCAGGCAGAAAGGCAAAGCAGAAGCAGCCGCGAUAGCGAGAGCCAGCUGCGGGGCUGCGGGAGAGGCGCUGCGCCGCUUCUGCGAGAAGUGGGGCCCGUUGUGGAGGAGCGUGUUUCUAGGAUCCUGCUGUUGAAACAGCAGAGGAAGCUAAGGAACCAGCAGAAGCAGACAUCAAUGAGCUCUGUCAAGAUAUGUUCAGCAAAAUGGCCACUUACUUAACAGGUGAACUGACAGCCACCAGUGAAGACUACAAACUCUUGGAAAACAUGAACAAGUUGACUAGCUUGAAGUACCUAGAAAUGAAAGAUAUUGCUAUAAACAUCAGUAGAAAUCUGAAGGAUUUAAAUCAAAAAUAUGCUGCUCUUCAGCCAUAUCUGGAACAAAUCAACCUAAUUGAGGAGCAGGUUGCAGCUCUGGAACAGGCAGCUUAUAAAUUGGAUGCAUAUUCCAAAAAACUUGAAGCCAAGUACAAAAAACUGGAGAAACGAUGAAGUUGCAGCAGUCUUUAAGUUGGAGUUGGGCUGUGGGUCAGACUGAUCUCUGUUUGCGUUGCACAACAUCAGUUUUGUAUGUUGACAAGGAUUUGGUAACAGCUAACAUAAGACUGGUAAUUUUUUUUUUUAAUCUAUUGAAUACAGUUAGCUGUAUUCAGGCCUAAGGCUGAAUGAUAUUUUCCCCUUCUCUAAUGUUUCUGUUGCCUUAGUUCUGCAGUGGAAAGUUGAAGCUUAUCCCUAACCCAUAUCUUGAUAUUGGCUAUCCCUGUGUUGGUCCUAUGUUCAACACGAAACAUUCUACCUAGGAAAAGCCCUACAUAACGUAUAAAGAUGUUUUCACUUAGUUGCAGGAGGACAUAAACCUACUUCUUUAUUUCAUUGAGCUCUGUACUGAGAAGAUUUCCUGCCCUUGGAUUUGUGAGCAUGAUACUGAAAGCACUUAAGUUUAGUAUGCAUUUUUAUAUGUUUAAAAUAGACUAGUUAUUAUGAAUUUACAAUAAAACAACUUGCUACAUUUGUCUCUCCAGAAUGUCAAAUUCCUGUUGGAAAGAUUAUGUAAGUUGUAUUUUUAUUUUUCAAAGGGUCUAUUAAUAAAGACAAACUCUUUACAGUUACUGGAGAUCGUAGAAGAAAACGUACUUUAAA